AUGACUCAGCACGUUGUCAUUGGCGCUGGUAUCAUUGGCUUGUACACUACAUUCGAGCUUAUCGAGCGAGGUGUUGAUCCCGCUACCAUCCUUAUCAUCGCGGAGUUUUUCCCAGGAGAUCAAUCGAUCAAGUACGCUUCACCUUACGCUGGUGCUUACUUUACCCCUUUUGUGGAUACUGUGUCAUAUUGCCGCUACACCUACGAAAGUUUCGACUUACUUCGAAAGUUUAUCGGAGGUGAUGCUACUGGAAUUGAGAAGGUUACUACUAAAGAACACUUUUCGGAACAUCUUGAUAAUGCAGACAUAGCAGACAUCAUCAAGUUUAUUCCUGAUCUUGAAAUAUCGGAUUCCUCCGUAGCGGGCUGCCAGUCACAAGUUACGUUCACAGGGAUCGUCUUUAAUCCGCCGUUACUCACGUUCAACCUACUCUCGAGAUUCAAAGAGUUGGGUGUGAAAACUGUGACGAAGCAAUUGAAGUCUUUGGACGAGGCAUUCGGUGAGGAUACAGUCGCCGUCUUUAAUUGCUCUGGGUUAGGGGCUGCCAACCUCUGUGCUGAUAAGACUGUCUUUCCUACCAGAGGACAAGUUGUUGUUGUUCGUGAUCCAUCGGUCAAGUCUGUCGUCACGGCAUGGCGUGAAACGAGUUCUACCUACAUCAUUCCAAGGCCAUUCUCUAACACACAUGAAGUAAUCUUGGGAGGGUUCUACCAGCCAAAUGUCUCUACACCUCAUACUUUCAGCAAUGAAACAGAAGAUAUAAUCAACCGAACGACAGAAUUAUUACCAGAUUUGCUCAAAGACAAGACACGUAAAGACUUAGAGAUAUUGCGAGUUAUAGCAGGAGCCCGUCCCUCAAGAGAAGGUGGAGCGAGGAUAGAAAAGGAAAGCACGUCUAGGGGCACUGUGUUUCAUAACUACGGUGCUGGUGGCCUGGGUUUCAUCAAUGGACUUGGAAUGGCACAUGCAUGCGUUGAAUUAUUUUAUCCAGAUAUCGAUCUUGUGUUUCGUAAUGUAUAG